AUGUGGAGGAUAUGCGGCGUCAGUAAGGCCGAGCCCGUGCUGUUCGCUCGUGGAGACGAUUAUCAGCCGACAUGGCGGUUGUGGGGCGAGGAACGCGUCGACGGCGCCAUCUACACCGUCUACCUAAAGAAAGUUCGCUAUCAUCGGCCAACGAGGAGCGCUUCUAGUGAAUCAGACGACGAGAUCUCUCAUCUUGAAUGGGAGACGGUUCGCGUUCGCUUUGUGAAGGCCGGCACCGUCGAGAGGCUGGUCGAAGCGCUCGCCACUGAUGAUGGCGAGCUCGAAUCUACUUAUGUUAACGUUUUUCUCGCGACGUAUCGUUCGUUUGCGGAAUGCAGUCGAGUAUUGGACCUCCUUCUACGACGAUACGAAGCUUUGGCUGCGGAGGAGGUGAUGCCAACAGCCGUCGACACUUCACAACAACAUCGAAGGACUCUGGUUGCAUGUCUCCACGUGUGGCUGGACACCUAUCCGGAAGACUUUCGACAACCUCCUUACCACCCCGCACUGCAACAGCUACUCGCCUUCACACAGGUUCAUUUACCUGGUACAGAACUACAUUCGAAGGUAUUACAGAAGUUAGCUUUAUUCAGUACGGAGCGAAAUGGUGGACUUGGUAUCGGUGGUGCCGGCAUGUGCCUGGCGCCAGGCAUGCGCUUGUCUGCGCACCACACGAGCACGUACCGUUUACCACACGUCCCCCACCGACACUUUGCCGAACAACUCACUAGAAUGGAUAUGGAAUUGUUCAAGAAACUCGUUCCUCAUCAAUGUCUCGGAGCGGUCUGGUCCAGACGAGACAAAGAGCGGGCUCACGACGCAGCUACCGUUUUAGCCACUGUCAAUCAAUUCAACGCAGUAUCAUUUAGGGUAAUUUCGACCGUUCUAGUUGAACCCAAUUUAAGACCACUGGAGCGUGCUGAUAUACUGGCGGCUUGGCUUGACAUAGCUCGAGAGCUGAGAGUUCUCAAAAACUUUUCUUCAUUAAAAGCCAUUAUUUCAGGGUUACAAAGCAAUCCUGUUUAUAGAUUAAGAAAAACGUGGGCGUUACUUAAUAAGGAGAAGACAGAACUGUUUGAUGAACUGGCACGAAUUUUCAGUGAAGAUAAUAACAGGUGGGCUCAGAGGGAACUAUUGAUGCGUGAAGGUACUGCUAAGUUUGCUGACACGGUCGGUGAAAAUGAUCGUCAGCUCCAGAAACUGUUACACGAAAGAGGUUCUCCUGGUGUUAGUCACGGGACGAUUCCCUACCUUGGAACUUUCUUGACGGAUCUUACGAUGAUUGACACCGCCAUCCCAGACACAGUGGCCGAUGGUCUGAUCAAUUUUGACAAACGGAGAAAAGAAUUUGAAGUACUCGCUCAAAUAAAAUUACUACAGGGUGCGGCGAACGCUUACCAUUUACCAUUAGACUCGAUGUUCGACAGAUGGUUCGACUCGGUUAUUAUUCUUGACGACCGAGAAGCCUAUCAGCUGUCGUGUCAAAUCGAACCGCCAACGAAUCCCCCUAAGGAAAGACGACCAAAGAAGAUGAAUGACUCUAACAGUCAGGGCCAUAGAAAAAAUGAUUCUAUAGCGAGUACUAGCUCGAGCAAUAGCUCUCAGUUUUAUUGUGAGACUGACGGCACGAGCGGCACUGCGUGGAAAAGAGAUAGCUUAGAGCGACGGAUUUCGCCAACGAGAUUGUCGCACGGGUCAUCAUCCUCGUCGCUGCCCUCGUUAGACGUAUCCCUAUCGAGUGCUAACAGUGGACAGAAGACUGCUAAUGGUAAAGCCGGUGGAAACAGCCCGGCAGUUCGAGCCGGACCAGACUUUUACAUUAUUCGCGUUACUUAUGAGUCGGACUGCGUCGAAACAGAGGGCGUUGUUCUCUAUAAGUCUAUAAUGCUAUCAAACAAUGAACGUACACCUCAGGUCAUUCGGAAUGCUAUGCUCAAACUCAAUCUUGACGGCGAUCCUGAUGGAUACACUUUAGCACAAGUUUUACCUGAUAAAGAAAUGGUGCUCCCUGCGAACGCCAACGUCUAUUAUGCAGUGAAUACGGCUUAUAACUUGAAUUUCAUUUUGCGUCCGCGCAAGUCGCAGCAAAUCGAGCCGGUUGUCAAUGGGAAAUCGCGGGGCAAACGGCUUUGA